CAAGCUCACUCCCUCCCUCAAACACGGGCAAAGCGGGGUUGGGGGACGGGAGGGCAGGGAUCCUCUCUGGACUGGUGUUGCGCCUUAGUACUGGGGGGGGAGGGAAGGGGACGAAAAUACUGGCACCCCUUCUCUCCUCCGCCGCCUUGAAGUAGGUUCGAGGAGCUGCCCUUCCUCCCCCCCCUCCCCCUUUCCCGCUGGUCCUUUGGCAUCUUCCAGACCAUGUCCACUGGGUCCCUCAGUGAUGUGGAAGAUCUGCAGGAGGUGGAGAUGCUGGAGUGCGAUGGCCUGAAAAUGGAUACUAACAAAGAGUUUGGGGCGUCCACCGAGAGCAACGAGGAGGGAUCCAAUGGCGAGAAUGGCUCCCCUCAGAAGGGGAGAGGGGCCUCGGGCAAGAGGAAAAAAGCUCCCCCCAAGAAGAGCCCUUUAAAUGGAGUGAGCCAGGAGGGAAAGCAGGUCCAGAGAAACGCUGCCAACGCCAGGGAGAGGGCGAGGAUGAGGGUCCUUAGCAAAGCCUUCUCCAGGCUUAAGACCACCCUGCCCUGGGUGCCCCCAGACACCAAGCUUUCCAAACUGGACACCUUGAGGCUGGCCUCCAGCUACAUCGCUCACCUGAGGCAGAUCCUGGCCAAUGACAAGUACGAAAACGGCUACAUCCACCCAGUCAACCUGGUAAGUCACGGCCCGCCGGGGCCAGGCACCCUGCAUGCGUGUGCAUGGGGAGAGGUUGCCGAAGAGCUGGGAUGGGACGUGCGCGGGGAGAAACCUUCGCUGUGCUUCUCGCAGAGAGUCUGGUGCCAGUGGGGUGGCAAGGGGUACUAUGCGAGGGGACAGGCUCCCAGCCGCCCUCCCGCCCUGUGCCUGAAGAGCUGA